CUGCCGGAAAACGAAGUUCGCGGACGGGUGCGGCCACCUCUGCUCCUACUGCCGCACCAAGUUCUGCGCCCGCUGCGGAGGCCGCGUGUCGCUGCGAUCCAACAACGUUAUGUGGGUAUGCAAUUUAUGUCGAAAGCAACAGGAAAUCUUAACCAAAUCUGGGGCCUGGUUCUUUGGAAGUGGCCCUCAGCAGCCCAGUCAGGAUGGAACCCUAAGUGACACAGCUACAGGUGCUGGUUCUGAGGUACCCAGAGAAAAGAAAGCACGGCUCCAAGAGCGAUCACGGUCUCAGACUCCCCUGAGCACAGCAGCUGCCUCCUCCCAGGACACGGCUCCUCCCAGUGCACAGCCAGACAGGAGCAAAGGGGCUGAGCCCUCCCAGCAAGCCGUGGGGCCAGAACAGAAGCAGGCUGCAUCCAGGUCUAGAAGUGAACCUCCAAGAGAGAGGUAAUAGUUCAUUAACUCUGUAAGCAAAAGGCAAGGUCUUGUAUUGACAACCCAUUCUCAAGAACUUAACAUUUACUAAGAAAGACGUGUGGAGGCGAUACUUCUCAGGCCCCACAUGGAAGGUGACAACAGGCAUGAGGUGCUUUGUUUAUCUCUAGAAUGUAUCAUGUCUUCGGAGACCUUUGUUGAGAAGUUUCUCUGUCAGUAUGCACAUAUAUAAACAAGUCACCCAGUUGGGCUACUAACUUCAAACCUUGAAUUCAGCAAAGCUUUUAGAUCAUUUAUUCACUUAUAAAAUUAGUCCUUUAAUUGAAAGUAUGCUCUGAGAGAAUAUGAUGGGGGCACCUGACCCAGUGGAGGGCGUGUGGGUACAUUAUCAAAGCCUUCUUUGAGGACAUUUCGUUCAUGCUGAGCUCUGAAAAGUGACUAGGAAUUAAACAGGUGAAGAGUGGGAUGGGGGUUCCAGGUAUAUGUAAGGGCAUGUGGUCUGAAGAAAAGGCUGAUGGAAAAACCUAAGGAUGCCCACUGGCUAGAGUGUGAGUAGCAGAGGUUAUCAGGUCCUGGGUCACACUGGGCCUUUUGGCCAGGUUAAAUUUUAUAGAUUUCAUCCUAGGAACAAUGGAAGGCCACUGAGGAUUUUAAGCAUGGGCUAACAUGAUCAGAUAAUUUAUUUCAAUGGAUUCAUUCAUUCAUUCAUUCAAACAAUGUAUUUAUGACUAGACAGGAAGCUUUGCACUGGGAGACAAUGUUAACAAGGAGUACAUAGCCCUUUUCUUCACACCCUUGGUAGUUUGGGGGACUGACUAUUGUUAAGGGCAGGCUUGGCUGCUUUUGGCUCCAAGGAAGGCCUUUGCUCCCCUUUUUCAAACAGAAGCCCAUAAAUAAAAUCAAGGACUUCAAAGUUAAACAGAUCUAGAUUCCAGUUCUGACUCUGCCACACUAGUAACAACAACCCACCUUAUGGGGUUGUGGCAGGAUUAAAUGAGAACAUGUGUUCAGAAGCUGGCACAUGGUAAACAUUCAGUAAAUGUAGCUAUUAUUCAAGCCAAUAGCCAUUGUAUAUUUACUAUAAGCAAACACUGUGCCAGGAAUCAGAGAGUAUAAAGACGAUUAGGGCACGAUCUCACAGAUCCUAGGGAAGAUACCACACAAUAUCCUAGGGCAAUGAACUGUACCAGAAGGCUCAUUUAAUCAAAACUAGAAAAUACGUAUAGUAUUUUGGUAGCUGCAGGAAAGAGGAAGUGCAUUCUGAAUUAAGUUUCAUAGGGUAUCCAGGAGUUGUAAGGUAGGUAGGACAUUACAGGAAGAGAAAAUGAGUAUACAUAAACUAUGUGGAAAGAAAACAGAAAGAACACCAGAGGUAACUCAAUUAAUAGACAAUUAAUAGCUUUUAGUGACAAACUGAUGUGUUUUAAGAAAAAAAUAUAUCAAAGAUGCAAUUUAGGACUGGUCAGAAAAUGGUAUCUUUAAAUAACAAAUUGGUGCUAUAAAGUUUCUAAAGAGAAAAUACGAAUCUUGUUUAUGACAUGUGGUAAAAAGUUUAAAAAAUUCAAAAAUGAGGACUGAGAAAAGAAUUUUAACUUUUAGAUGAAAUCUGAAGACAAUUGAUGGGGCAAAUGUCCUUGUGAUUAUACAAAUUACUUGCUGAUUAUGUAAAUACUUAAGAGCAAGGACAUUGAGAGUGCAUCAGAAGGAAAAGAGAGGCAGGUGACAACUUCAGGGAGAGGAGCAAGAUUGAAAAAAUGGCAUUUUGUUUGUUUUAAAUUAUUGACGAAUUCUUGAUCAUAUUUUACACACUCAUCAGGAGCUAGUGGAAAUGGAACAAUUAAAGGUAGAGGUGAGAAAAAGUCAGUACAGCAAAGAAUCAGACUGGAGAACUCCUUCCAUUUUCAUAAUACUCUCUUUUCAUAAAGCAUUUUCACAGAUGGUGUCUCCUUUAAGCCUCAUAUGAAUUGUGCAAGGUAAGCAUUAUUUAUCGGCAUUUCAGGAACAGUAAAUUAACACAAUAUAAGCUUCUAAUGAGAUCAACUAUGCCUUAAUGAGCUAUUAAAUGACUGCAGUACAAUCAUCAUGCUCUUAUGAAAACUCUAUUUGAUAAUGAUUAAUAUGGAUUCGAUUAAACCCCUUACAAUGCCACCCUUGCCAUUCCACCUUCUGAUGAAAAUCCCUUUCACUUCAAGGGCCCAAUGUAAUCUGAAGCAGAAUUUGUCAUGUUUUCCUUUUGCUUUCCCACGCCACGUGAAACCCUUGGCUCUUUCUUUUCAGCAUCGCUAGCCCCUCCUCAAGCGGAUACUUAACCUAUCUCAACAAUUACUACUUUGGUAAUCCACAAUGGAAUUUGCCCUACUUUUUCUCAUGUUGUAUUUUUCCUUGAUUUUUGUUUAUUACUUCUGCUUUGGGACUUCUAGCCAAACGAUGCUCCCUCUGGAAAGCCCUCUCAGUGGAAGUCAGGAUUCCAAAGAGAGCCUUAGGUUGUCUUCAUUUCUAAUUGCAUAGAUCAUACAGUGUGAGAAUGCUUAGUCAAGCCACCUACUUUUUGUAACUUCUGGAAUAGUUGCUGGACCUUUCCAAAAUCAGGUGCAGAGAAGGGCUGCAAGGAGCAACUGAAUGAUUGAUACAUCUAUAAGAUUCAAAGAACGCCAAACCCUUUUCCUUUCAUCUUGCCAGUGUCUUCAACAGGACAGAGAGAAAAGUAGAAAACAAAACAGUUUUUUUCUUUUGCACUGUUCUGAAAUUAGGGAGAGGGAGAGG